ACAGGCAAGCAGGUCCCGAACGAGCGUUAUUGAUGACAGCGUGGGUGUGAGUCUGAUUGCGCGCAAUAAUUACUUCUUUCCGCGAUUAUUGCGCGGCCAGUGCGGAUUAUAGUUGUCGCAUCGCGCGUCUGCGAUACGUUCAAGGUCGCCGGCGCGAAACAACAACGAAGAAAGCCGAGCUGCGAUAGCAGCGGUGGCGGCGGCGGCGGCGGUGGCGACGACGACGACGACGACGGCGACGGCGACGACGACGACGGCGGCGACGGCGACGAUUACGAUUACGAUUACGCCGUGUCUAUUGCGUCGUAUAAACGUCUUCGCCGAAAAACAUCUGUUUUCAAAAACGAGGGAGUAACAGGACCGACCAGUACCAAAAAGAUUACAAUCUCGCAAAAUGGCGCUGUGGUUGAAAGCACAGCAGCUGUCGCAAGAUUCUUUGCAAAAGGUGCGCAACAUUUAUGGAGAACAUUUCCCGAUUGAAGUGAGACAUUUCUUGUCAUCAUGGAUUGAAGAGAAGAUGUGGAAUAACGUAGAACCGGAAAACCCACAAUUUGAGCACUAUGUAAACAGCUUUGUUGGAUCACUGAUACUCGAGUUAGAAUCAAAAGCAAACACUCUUACUACCGAAGACAUGUUUGUAACAAAGAUGAAAUUGAUAGAGGCUGCUAGCAUGUUCCGACAAAGAUACAGUGAAAAUCCAAUGUCAUUGUAUAAAAUAAUUAGACACUGUUUGGGCACGGAAAUGAAAUUGGUAGCAGAAGCCGAACAUUUAGGAGGUUUAAUAAGCAGUGAUAGGGUCAGUUUGAUGAUAGGUGAUACGGUAACGGAAAUAGCUCAUCAGGUCGAUACAUUACGGCGAAAGACAUAUGAGACCGGGGAGGAUUUACGAAAGAUAGAACAGGAGCAGGAGUCUUUCGCUCUUAGUUAUCACGAGUGUACGAAACUGAAUGCCCAUUUGCAACAUAUCGCUAUGCAAGUACAGAAUCAGCAAAAUAUGGAGUUAGAAAAAAAGAUUAGGAGACAAAAAGAGCAGCAAGAUUUGCAAUUGAGUCAAAAAGUAAACGGUGUGGUUCGUCUACGUUUGAUGCUCAUGGAAAAAUUGGAUGAUAUUAUCAAGAAAUUGAAUAUUUUACAAUCGAGAAUUCUUGACGAUGAACUCAUAAGGUGGAAGCGAGAUCAGCAAUUGGCAGGUAAUGGUGCAAAUUUCGCGUCCAAUAAUUUAGAUUCCAUUCAGGAAUGGUGUGAGAGUCUCGCCGAGCUAAUCUGGCAGACUCGACAACAGAUUAAAGAAGCGGAACGUUUAAAACAAAAGUUCCAAUGUGAACCACCGGGCAUUCGAGAUACUCUUCCGAAUUUAAAUACACAGAUUACACAAUUUCUCAGUUCACUUGUUACAAGUACUUUUAUUAUUGAAAAACAACCACCACAAGUCAUGAAGACCAAUACUCGUUUUACGAGCACGGUGCGUCUUCUUGUUGGGGGCAAAUUGAACGUUCACAUGACACCGCCACAAGUUAAAGUGAGCAUAAUUAGCGAAACGCAGGCAAAUGCUUUGCUGAAGAGCGAGAAAAUGGCAAAAUGUGGCGAGGUCAGUGGCGAGAUUCUGAAUAAUACAGGCACAAUGGAAUAUCAUCAGGCAACAAGGCAACUCUCGGUGAGUUUCCGCAAUAUGCAGCUGAAGAAGAUCAAGCGUACUGAGAAAAAAGGUACAGAAUCUGUGAUGGACGAAAAAUUUUCAUUACUGUUUCAAUCGCAAUUUUGCGUUGGCGGAGGCGAAUUAGUAUUUCAAGUUUGGACUCUAAGUUUGCCGGUAGUCGUGAUAGUACAUGGUAACCAGGAACCACAUGCAUGGGCUACGGUAACUUGGGACAACGCGUUUGCUGAACCAGGUAGACAACCGUUCCAAGUGCCGGAAAAAGUGCCAUGGGGACAGGUGGCUGAGGCAUUGAAUAUGAAGUUCCGUUCAGCAACUGGUCAUCCUUUGACUGAUGAUAAUCUCCGAUUUCUUGCGGAAAAAGCUUUUCGAAGUAACGGCAAUUCAGUCGGUCAGGAUUAUUCGAAUAUGUUGUUGAGUUGGGCACAGUUUUGUAAAGAACCGUUACCCGAAAGAAACUUUACCUUUUGGGAAUGGUUUUAUGCUGUCAUGAAAUUGACAAGAGAACAUCUGAGAGGUCCAUGGAUCGACCGAUACAUCCUUGGGUUCAUCCGCAAGAAACAAGCAGAAGAAAUGCUAGCAAAUUGCGCGGUUGGCACUUUCUUGAUGCGUUAUUCUGAUUCAGAACUCGGCGGUAUUACUAUCGCUUGGGUUGGAGAUCAAGCAACAGAUCAUGUCUUCAUGCUACAACCGUUUACUAGUAAAGACUUUGCUAUUCGAAGUCUAGCUGAUCGCCUUGCCGAUAUGCAACAUUUACAGUAUCUCUAUCCAGAUAUUAGCAAAGAUACUGCCUUCGGCAAAUAUUAUACACCAUUUACUGAUAACCAAACUCAAACAUCAAAUGGGUACGUCAAGCCAUAUUUAGUAACACACGUGCCAGGUUGGGGUGCUCUGCCCAGUAUUGGUGGUCAAACGCCAUCGCAUUCAUCUGUAACAGGUAUAAGCAACAAUGGUCAAAGUGGUCCGGGCGGAAGUUACCCUGCUACACCACAAACUGUAUUUCCGCCACAUAGUCCACCAGAUCCAUCUACGCGAGACACGCCAUCCGUAGCAUCAAGCUACGCUCCGGGUCUCGGCCAGUCAGGCGUUGGGCAGCCAGGUUCGGACAUGGACUACAUGGAGAAUAUGGAGAUGAUUGGUAACAACGAAUUGCCGUCGAUUGACGAAAAUCUCAACUUGGAUCACUUGAGCACCUUCAGCUUCGACUUCAUACAGUCUACAUACAAUCAAUCUACCAAGCUGCAAUAGGAGGUAUGCUUAUGAAAUACCCCAUCAUCCCUGAGACGGCAUAUCCGUGGUGACCGCCGUUGCAUAUCUAAUCUCGAUCUUUCUCCGAUCUCUAUUUAUCAGUCACGCCGAAAUGCACCGGAGGCAAUGAAAUGUAUCGCGAAUUGUUAACAGGGGAGGGAUAUUAAUGUAUCCUAGAAUGGUACAAUUAUGUUUCUUUUUUUCUCUCCUCUUUUUUUAUAAUAAUCAUUCAUAGCCAGUGUUUUUUGUAGUUACAAAAUUGGCAUUCUUAUAUCUUAGAAGAUUAUAGAAAAAUCAAGUUGUUAUCACUUUUAUCUAAUAUGAUAUAUAGUAUGUAAUAUAUCUCUGUUGAUCUUGUUCUCUUAUAUUCAAGUUGCACUGACUGAGCAAUGUCUGAGAGUUUUUGCAUAAAUCAUAUUGAUACGUUGAUGCAACUCAUUGUUAAAUAGAUAUGAAGUACGAAAUAUUUGUAUCUAUUUAAUGAAUUGAAUUGUUAACAAAAA